AUGAAGCCUGUAUUGCAAUCAACACCAUACUACAAAUAUGUCCUAAUUUUUCUGACAAAAUGUUUCUUGGUCUUUAUGUUGUUUUCCAAUAUGGACAUUAAUUUGAGUAGUCCAAAAGUGCCAGAUCCCCAGAUAUCCCCACUUUUCACUCAGAAAGUUUAUAAUCUGACAAUCUUGCUUUGGACAUGGCCCUUUGGUAACCACUUUCCUCUAAACCAGUUUAAGAGCUCUGGUGAAUGUCAAGGAUGUGUCUUCACAACAAACCGUAGCUCUUAUCGUAUGGCUGAUGCUGUCAUUUUCCAUCAUAGAGAUGUCUGUCAAUCCAAGAAACAAAUGCCCCAGAUAGCUAGACCCCCAGAGCAAUAUUGGGUAUGGUUCAAUUUGGAAUCACCCAGUCACUCUCCAAAUUUAGGCUUCAUGGACAAUCUCAUCAACCUCACCAUGUCUUAUCGAAGUGACUCUGAUAUCUUCACUCCUUAUGGCUGGCUGGUGAAGAACAACAUCAAUCAGAACUUUACAAUCCCUGAAAAGACACUUUUGGCAGCCUGGGUAGUGAGCAACUGGAAUCCUAACUCCAAAAGAGUUAAAUAUUAUCAGGAGCUAAACAAAUACAUGCAGAUUGAUGUCUAUGGUAGGCAGCACAAGACUUUACCAGAUGCAGGUAUGCAAGAUACAAGUUCUAUUUUGCUUUUGAGAAUUCACAGCAUAGAGACUAUAUCACUGAAAAGCUUUGGAGAAAUGCCCUGCUAUCUGGGGCUGUACCUGUCGUUCUUGGGCCACCCAGAGAAAACUAUGAAAGGUUCAUUCCUCGAGAUGCAUUUAUCCAUGUAG